UGCUGCCUGCAAAGUUACAAGCAUAGCAGCACAGCGGCAGCAGCAGCGAUGGCCGCUUUCCGCAGAGUGGCAGCGCUGGCUGGGAAGGUAAACCUCUGGUCGGCGGCGAGAAACGAGCUCGUCGUUAGUCAGACCAGUGGAGGAAGGGCGCGGAGGUGUCUUGCAGUCGGGAUGUGUCUCGCAACGGGAGGCGCCGUGGCACUUUACUUCUACAGCGACAUGACGAGCGGCAGAGGAAGGAAGAGGAUGGAGAGACACAGCAUCAACGAUUUACUACCAUCCAUCCCCACCGUGGAAGCCAAGGAAAAGGCACGUCCGUUUGACUUUGAAGAUGGAGACGUGUACAUGUCGUCCCACGAGCAUCGCUUCCGCAUGUUCAGCUCUGUUGAGUAUGAAGGCCAGCUGUACAUGACUCCGCAGAACUUCAUCGAGUCGGUCACCAUGAGUGAACCAAGAAACAAGAGGCCCUGGAGGUCCCUGACCAAACAGGAACUGGAGAAGAUCCUGUCAGAAACUCCCCCAGUAUGGAGAGGAUCCUCGAAACUGUUCCGCAACCUGAGAGAAAGAGGCAUCAUCUCAUACACAGAGUACCUGUUCCUGCUCUGCAUCCUGACAAAGCCCCAUGCUGGCUUUAAGAUUGCUUUCAAUAUGUUUGAUGCAGACGGCAACCAGAUGGUGGACAAGAGGGAGUUCAUGGUGCUUCAGGAGAUCUUCCGCAAGAAAAAUGAGAAGAAAGGGAGGAAAGGUGAUGCUGAAAAGUCAGCACAGUUGAGUAUGCAGCUGUAUGGAUAUCAGGUUGCACCAAUGAACAGCGUGCUAAAAAAAGACAGUCACGAGUUUGUGGCGCGGAGUUACUGGGACGUUCUGAGGCGAAGUGCCAGUCAAGUCCUCUUUUCUGACCUGGCGGAGGAUUUUACUCUUGAGCGAGCAGAUGAGAGUGUUACGAUCGACACCACCCUUCUGGUCCAUUUCUUUGGGAAGAAAGGGAAGGCAGAGCUUACCUUUGAUGACUUCUACAGGUUUAUGGAUAACCUGCAGACAGAAGUGUUGGAAAUUGAGUUUUUGACCUACUCUAAAGGAAUGACUACAAUCAGUGAAGAAGACUUUGCCAAAAUCCUGCUGCGCUUCACCAAUGUGGAGAACAUCAGCGCCUACCUGGAGAAUGUCCGCCAGUGUAUACCUGAUGAGAAGGGAAUCACCUUUGAUGAGUUCAGAUCCUUCUUCCAGUUUCUCAACAACCUUGAGGACUUUGCGAUUGCCAUGCAGAUGUAUAAUUUUGCAUCUCGCUCCAUUGGACAAGAUGAAUUUGCAAGAGCAGUGUAUGUAGCCACUGGGCUGAAGCUGACACGUCACCUUGUACACACCAUCUUCAAGAUUUUUGAUGUAGAUCACGACGAUCAGCUCUCCUACAAGGAGUUCAUCGGCAUCAUGAAGGACCGGCUGCACAGGGGAGCCAGGGGCUAUAAAGCUGUGGCGCGUGCCACCUCUUUUAGGUCCUGUCUGAAGAGGGAGCUGGCAAGCAGCAGGUGAAGGGCCAACGCUACACCUCCUUCUCCAGCUGUGUUCGCUCUGAGGCCAGAAGACAAGUGCAUCAGCUCUGGAGGAGGUACAGGGAGAAGUCGUAGACAAGGACAAGGACAGAAGGCAGAAAAAAAUUUUGGAAGAUGAUUAAAAAAAACAAGCCAGAUGAUGGAAUGAAUCAGAUUGAGCUUUGACUUUGAAGUCAGUGGCCCGAGUUAGAAACAGUUUGUUUUCAAGGGCAGAUCUCCAAAGCAGAAAAUAACUCUAAAAGCAUGACUGCACACAGCUGACUGAUGCUCUCUAUUCUGAUAAUAAGUGACAUGACUGUUUUAUGGUUGCUGUUUUUCCAGUCAUCUUGAUCUGAUACUAGUCAUUCAAGUAUGAUUUACAGUGUACUAUAAAACCAAACAGAAUUAAACUUUAUUCUCCAAUUAUGGCACCUUCACAACAGUUAGUGGAACUGCACCUAAUAAUUAUUUUUUACCUUGGAUAAAUGUAAAUCUUCUUUUGUUUGUUUUUUGCAUUAAGCUGUAAAACAUGUUUUAAUCAUCUCACUUAUUCUGACCAGCCUAAAAUGCAAAGUCAUUUUACAACAAUAUUAUAUACAUAUAACAAAGCAAGUUGUAACAUUUUACAACAAAUUCUACCAACUGAAAGGUAUUUUUACUUAAUGAUUGAUGUGAUCAGUUACUUAUCAAAGCUAUAAUAAUAUAUGCUUUUUUAAGGAACAAUCAUUUACUGAACUGCUGCACUACAAACUAUAACAACUGAAAGAGCACAACAACAAUUAAAUAAUAAAAUCAAUGUCAUUGUGAUCAUGUUAUCCAUAUAGAAUUAAUUACACCAAUAUAAAAUGAUAUAUUAACAUACUGCAGAAAAUUAUAUUACAGAAGUAAAUGACCAUAUUCUGAAAAUGUUUUGUCUUCAGCUGAUUUUAAUCACCUCAAUCUUUCUUAUUUUUUGAUUUUGUUUAAUCUCAAAUAGCAAGUAUAGUUUUGUGUUAUAUUGCACCAAGAGUAUAUGAACACUAUUGCUAUAGUUAGGAAUGAUAUAUUGUCCUAAUAUUACAACUUGGGAUGUUUUUGACCUGGAAGUGACAACCUACAACAUGAAAGCCAAGGAAAAAGAUUUUUUUAAAUGUAAUUUCAAUAUUUUACCUGACAGAAUCCUUAUUGUCUUGACUUAUUGUUUUGUGUCUUAAAAUGUUAGUUGCAUGUAUGACAUAGAUUUUCAUAUAGGUGCCUUCUGUCCAUCCCCUUUGUCACCUGAAAAAUGUCACAUAGCAUUACAGAUUUCCAGCAGUUAUUUCAUCACUGUGUAGCUUUUAACAGCAAGAGAACCACAAAACGUGCAAUAAUGAUAUAAUUAAUAAUCAUUACUAUGUGUGAUUCAAAUCAGUCUUUAAUGUUGUAAUAUAUUAAUUAAUUGUAGAAUGAUUUCUGUAUGUGUUGGUGUGAAAUAUGAAAUAUAAUUUGAAUAUGCUGAAAUGAAGAAGGGGGUCUAGAUGUGUUAGGGAUGUUGGGCCUGUGCCAAGUUAUUCAACAUAAUGUUAAUUAUUCUCAUUAUGUUUGCAAUAAAUCGUUUAUUUGUCACGUCAGUGGACCUGUUGAAUGAUUUUUCAUGCAUGAAUAAACUAUUUUAGAAAGA